AUGCCACUCGCCGAGCACGAGCUCGCGUCUGCGGCUACCACCUCCGCGCUCGGGGUAGCCUUCGGGGUGCGCCUGCUCGUCGCCCUCUCCCGCUCCCGCGCGCUCAAGCCACUCGCGGCUGCCACGUCCGCGGCACCGUGUCGAAGCAGACGAUGCAGACGUCCCCUCUUCCUCUUACCUCUCUCCUUCGUAGCUGCAGACCACGUCACCGGCUCUGGGUCAACUGCCGAUAAGUCCCGGCGAUGCAGAGCUAUGAGCGAGUGGGGAUGGAGGCGAUGGAGCGUUCGUGCAUAUUACCUUACACACCAUAACACUAUCGCUGGUGUUGUGAACCUUGUUAAAAAUCUCAAGAUUAAGAGAAUUAUCAUCGGUUCAAGGAACAUGACAAUGCAAGAUGUGCUUAGCCGAAUGUGUCAGGUUUGGGUGGUGCUCAGUGGCAAACACAUCUCCACUAGCAAAGAUCCUGUGGAGCAUAAUAGAAUUUUGGGAGAGGAAGGAAGCUCAAGUUAUUUUGGAACUAUACAAGAAAGAGCUCUAAAAUGCAAAGAGCAAAUAAGAGACAAACUACUGAGCAAACUAAAACUUCGGCAACAAGAGGGCUGUGGUAGCCAUGGAGAAGACAAGUUAUCACAAAGGAAACUUUCUGCUUCAUUGAAGGAGAACAAUUUCUGUAUUCCAGAGCAUGUUGACCAGUUCUCGAUGUCGCAGAUCAGGAAAGCGACCAGGAGGCUCAGCUCAAAAAAUCUCAUAGGACAAGGAGGGUACGGCCCAGUGUAUAAAGGAAACCUAGGUGGCAUGCCGGUGGCUAUCAAGAUAUUGAAGCCUCGUGGUUCACAAGGUUUCCCAGAGUUCCUGCAAGAGAUGGUGGUGCUGAGCAGACUGGAGCACCCACACAUUGUAAAACUGAUUGGUGUUUGCCCGGAGUCAUGCAGCCUUGUGUACGAGCACCUCUGCAAUGGCACCCUCCUGGACAGGCUCAAGCAGGGGGGGCUCCAAUGGGAGGACCGUAUCAGGAUCCUCACCGAGCAGAGGUCUGCGCUGGUGUACCUCCACUCCAGCCGCCCUAACGCCAUCAUCCAUGCCGAUCUGAAGCUGAACAACAUCCUACUCGACGCCGGCGACGUGAGUCGGUUGGGAGAUUUCGGGACAGCACGGGUAGUGCCAGUGAAGCCGCUGGAAGAGGAGACCAUCAUCCGGCGCACGGUUCCGAUGGGCACCAUGGGAUACAUAGACCCCGUGUUCUUGAUGACAGGCAAGCUCACCACGGCGUCAGACGUGUACGCGUUCGGCGUGGUCAUCCUGCAGCUCCUCACGGGGCUUGACGACCUCAACAUCGUCGAGCAGGUGCGAGUGGCGGUGAAGAUGCAUGCCGUGAACACCGUACUGGACCCGUCUGCAGGGACCUGGCCAAAGAAACCAACUGGGCAAUUGCUCAAGCUGGCUCUCAGAUGCUGCAGCUGGGAGAGGAAGCGGCGGCCGGCGAUAACAUCCAAGACCAAAUGGAGAUCGCUGCACACCUUAAGGGCCAUGUCAACAUCAGCUAACAAAACCCAAAAAUAGAAUUUGCUUCUCUUUCAAGCUGUAUUUUACCAGACGCACCACUCGAUGUAAAACUACGCCUAGAUGUGUAUUAUGUAAUAACCGUGAAUUGCGACGGCUCACAAUAAUACCCAUGUAAAUUAUCUAAAAAAAGAUUUCAAGAUUUUUA